UCUUUUAAAAAAAGUGAAUAGAACGUUGAGGAAGUCUGAAAUUAGAUCGAAAUGGAAGCGAUCUUGCCGGCUUUUAUUGAUGUUGGAGAGCAAGAUCAGGCACAGGAGAUCAGAGGAUAUCUAAAAUCUUGUGGUGCAGAUAUAAAAGAAGAGAGCACAUCUCCAUUACACGAAGACUUAGAUCAGUUACUGGCAGCAUGUGACAUAAAUUUCAAAACUGAAUCAGAACUUGAAGGUGUCAUGAACAGCCUCCUGUCCCUGAUAUUAGUAGUAACAGAAAAGAGAGAUGACUUGAUUAAGAAGUUUUGUGACAAAGUAGCCGAAGUGAACUCAGAGGAGGAUACAGCAUUGAGUAGACUGAGAAUACUCAACAUCAUGUUGAACUGGCUUCACGAGAGAGAUCCCAUCAGAUAUGAUGUUUACUGCACACUGAUAAAGGUGGCAGGAAAGGCUGGUUUGAUGGAUCAAAUUACUGUAUCACUGGAUCAGGUUAAGUCCUGGUUAAAGAUGUGGGAAGUUGAUGGGGAGAAGGCUAGACAUGUUUACAGAUUACUCUUUGAUGCCCUGACAGAGGACAGGCAAAGUGAAGAAGCAACUGCUGUAAUGGUGGAGCUCCUCAGGACAUAUUCCGAUGAAAAUGCAUCAGAGGUUAAAGAUGAUGCUACAAACUGCAUUAUAAGCCUUUUGGGAAGACCAAAUGUGCUGAUUAUGGACUUCCUGCUCACACUCCCACCAGUUGCGGCACUGCAAGGCGAACCUAUUUAUCAGCUUCUAAACAUCUUUGUCUCUGGAAGACUGGCUGACUACAUGGAAUUCUAUGAAAAGAACAAAGAUUUUGUGGAUUCUUGUGGUUUAUCUCAUGAGAAGAACCUUCAUAAAAUGCGUGUUUUGACAUUCAUGUCACUUGGAGAAACAAAAUCUGAAGUAAAUUUUGAUGAUCUCUGCAGAGAACUCAAUUUUGGUCUGGAUGAAGUCGAGGCAUUUGUCAUUGAAGCGCUUCGAUCAAAACUCGUUCGCACAAAGAUAGACCAAGUCAACAAGAAAGUCAUCAUCAGGUAAAGUUUUACCAAAUGUUACAGAAGUUUACAAAUAAUACUUGCUAUCUGUGUGGAGUAAAUGAUGAAAAUAAAGAUCUAAAGAACUA